GCAUUUUCCCAGUUUUUCUUGGGCUGUUGUGGGCGAAGAAGGUCAUGCUCAGUGGGCGAAGCCGACGAACACACCCGCCUUAUCCGUCCGGCUCCAGAAAACGAGGUUCCAUCACCAGCACCAAACUACGUGGUAGACCAACAAAUCAUCAGGGACCGCUUGGGGUCUAUUGUACGCUCGAAAGAAGGAAAAAUGGUCAACGUCAAUACUCCGCUCCCGUUCAACUUGCACAACAAAGGCGUGCACGACAUCGACCCGCCCAGCUCCCGGCCCGCCCGCAGUCGUUCCGCGCAUCCUGUCAUGGGAGGGCUGGCAGAAUCGAGUACAGACAUGCUGCCAGACCUCCCAUCCCGCAUGUCGUCGUACUCUCCCACACGGGGCCGCGACCUUUCGCCGUCACACAUGAGCCGGUCGACGACCUCACUCCACCCGGGAGACGCUUCUUAUCUUCCACCAGAAGCUUAUCCCGACGACGGGAAUAGGAGGCCCAUCCUCGACGUGCGGCUUGUUCGGGGACCGAGUCCCUAUGGCGUGGGAGGCAAGCUCGGACCAAGGAAAGGAGGAAGUGCAGCCAGAGGAAGAAUGGGCACCUUCUCGGACCACGCAGAGUCAGAUGUACCGGAAUAUGGUGGAAAAGCUGCCUCGGGGAACGCCGCUGUGGACGCCAGCGAGCACGAUGUCGGACAGUCUUCGCAAGAAUCGACACCCGAGCUCUCUGGGAACGACAGCGAACCUAUUCUGACGGCGGAAGUCGCUCUGCAAGAUGUCGGCAAAAUUACGUGCAGCUGGGGAGACUAAAGGAGAUCCGGAUGUCAGCUUACUGAGCAAUACAUUCUGCCAUAACGACCUUCAAGAGUUUCUACGACAUUUUCACGAUCUUAACCCUCCACUUUGGUUGCAUUUACCCAUCUCCACUCAGGAUGUCUUGUAUCAUAGUUGGGCUUGGGCUAGCUAUCCAUCGGACUUAUC